AUGGCACAGGCUUUCACUUCUCUUUCUCUGAUCUCCCUUUUGACGAGCCCUUUACUUACCUUCUGUCAAGCCUUGCCAUCCAUCGUCCAAACACUCGCCUGCUUCGGACGCAUUCAGGAGUACGUCUUUGAUAAACUUACGCCUAGCCCCGAUCCGGAAUUAUCUAUGACAACUUCGGCCGAAGGGGUCUCAAGAGAAGCAAUGGAACUGCAAGAGUAUGAUCAGUCCACUGCAUCUGACCUGCAUUUGGUGUCAUUCAACAAUGCGGACAUUUCCUGGUCUCCGGAAACUCAGGUUGUGCUGAAUGAUCUGAACUUGAACAUCCCCGAAGGAAUCACUACGCUGAUAGGCCCCGUCGGGUCGGGAAAAUCAACCAUACUAGAAAGUAUUCUCGGGCAAACAACUCUCAAACGCGGCUCAUUGAAUUCAAAAAUGACGAAAGUCGCAUACUGCGGCCAGACGCCAUGGAUCAUAGAUGGUACCAUUCAACAAAAUAUCACGGGAGGAACUGAAUUCGAGAACAGUUGGUAUCGAUUUGUCAUUUCGGCUUGUGGUCUGGAAGCAGACAUGAAAGCAAUUCCGAAAGGUGAUAUGUGUAGGACGGGGAGCAAAGGGGUGUCACUCAGCUCAGGACAAAAACAACGAGUUUCUCUUGCCCGUGCAGUAUAUUCCAAAAAUCGGGUUCUAGUUCUGGACGAUGUCUUUAGCAGACUCGAUUCAAAGACGAUCAGUGUAAUAUCCAGCCAUCUCUUUAGCCGGGAAGGCUACAUCAAGACCACUGGAAGAUCGGUGAUUCUUGCCACGCAUACGCACAAUAUUAUCGUUCUUGACGACGGAAGGAUUGUUGAUCAAGGACCGUACGCAGAGAUUUUGUCGCGAAGGCCAGACACAAUUGCGAGAUCCUUCAUGCCUGUUCAGAAUACCCCCAUAGCAUCACCUGUAAAGGAGUGCCUGACUGGCGAGAAAGCGGAUGAAUUUCAAGUCCUGAUUAGCAGUGAUGUAGACAGUAUACAUUCUGACGCUACAACACAAAAGCGUGGCGCCUGGUCUGUGUACAUGUACUAUUAUCGCAGUGCGGGAUUUGUCCCUGUUAUACUUCUUGUAUUUUUCUCUGGAAUUGAAGCAUUUGGAAGCAAUUUUGCAACUAUAUGGCUUCAAUGGUGGAUGGAAGCAAACGAACAGCAACCAAAUAAGGAGCUAGGGAAGUACUUAGGGGUGUACGCCUUUCUCUUCGGCUUAUCUUUUCUCGGUGUCGUGGCCGGUUGUUGCCAAGUUCGAGUGGUGGAUAUCGAAGCCAAGGCCCCCCUUUACGCCCAUUUCAUCGAGACGAUCCAGGGUCUCUCAACCAUUCAUGCCUUCAAGUGGGAGUCCCGAUUUCGAGAUCAAGGCCAAUCAUACCUGAAUGAAUCUCAGAAGCCAUUUUACAUGCUAUUUUGCAUUCACAUCUGGCUACAAUUGGUCCUGAACAUGAUUGUAGGAGCGAUUACAGUCAUUAUAGUCGCUACCAUGACUUCCAUGAGAGACCGCUUUGCUGCUGGGUCCAUCGGAGUUGCGCUCAAUAUGGUUCUCACACUCAAUCAAUCCCUUGCCCAGAUGAUCCGGUCCUGGACAAUGUUGGAAACGUCCAUUGGUGCCGUAUCGCGAGUUCGGGAUUUUGUCACAGGUACACCUUCGGAGUUAAGAUCCUUAACUACUCCAUCUCGUGUUGAACCUGAAUGGCCUUCUCACGGUGCUAUUGAAUUUGCAGGCGUUACGGUUUCUUACAAUCCUACAAGCACGCCUGUUCUUCAAAACCUGUCUCUGAAGAUCCGAGCAGGCGAAAAAGUUGCCAUUUGUGGGCCUUCCGGCAGUGGAAAAACAUCGUUAAUCUUGGCUCUUCUCCAGCUGAUUGAUAUCCAACAGGGUCGCAUCAUAGUAGAUGAUGUAGACCUGUCAACAGUGUCGCGAAACACUCUUCGCGCACGGUUAAAUACCGUCCCUUCCGACCCUUUCUUUAUGCCUGGCACUUUGCGAUUUAACCUUGAUCCCCACAGAAAUGCGACCGAUGAAAGUAUUGAGUCGGCACUCAAGAAGGUGGGCCUAUGGAAGCGCAUCAGCAAUGAAGGAGGACUAGAUACGGAGUUAUCCGCAUCGGACUGGUCCAUUGGAGAGAGACAGUUGUUGACACUGGCGCGAGCACUAAACGUCCGCAGCAGUAUUUUGAUCCUCGAUGAAGCCACCAGCAGCGUUGACUGGAAAACAGAGUCCAUCAUGCAAGAUGUCAUUGACACAGAAUUUGCGUCCUCGCAAACAAUCAUCUCUAUUCUUCAUCGCUUCCGACAUAUCGAUCGAUUCGAUCGGGUAGCACUACUGCAGGGUGGGAAAAUUGUGGAAUAUGAUAGUCCACAAGUCUUGCUUGCGCGAAACUCGGAAUUUCGGAAACUGUACAUGUCAUUACAAGAGCAUUGA